AUGAAGACGUUUAAAUUCCACGAACUUGUAAACAAGUAUCCAGAAUUACGCAAAUACUGGGUUAAUGGUCGGUAUUACUUCGAAAAUAAUGAAGCGGUGGCUCUCCUGAACCGAAUGCUGUUUAAGGACAUUUUUAAUGUCGAUGUCAAUGAUGAGAACAUAACGAAAGACAAUUUAUUUCCUAGAAUACCAGGUAGAUUUAAGUACUGUGAAUGCUUAGUUGACUGUUUCCUAACUCCUUUAAACUGGUUAUAUGGGUACCAGCAGUUUUGUUUUAUUGAUGUAGGUACCGGUGCAUAUGCAGUCUAUGCCGUGCUGCUCAGUAAAAUGCUUGGUGACGCUGUAAAAGUAAUUGGUAGCGACAUAGAUGAAAAAUCAGUUGAGAACGCUUCUAAUAUUAUCAUCAAAAACAAUUUACAGGGUAACAUAACUUUAGUUCUAAAAGAUGAAGGGUCGAACGUUUUCGACCUAGAGUUCCCUAAUGAUAGACCUGUGCUAACGAUGUGCAACCCUCCUUUUUAUUCUUCAAGAAAGGAGAUUGAAGAUGCACGAAGGAUCAAGUCGUCAGGAAAAACGCUUCUUCCAAUACAGGGUACUGAUAGUGAAUUGUUGACAACUGGAGGCGAGUUAAGGUUCAUUACGCAGAUGAUUAAAAAUAGUAUGGAGGUUGUUUCUCAAUAUCCUAUAUGGUUUACUACACUUGUUGCGAAAAGUCGAUCAUUGAGCAAACUUGUUAAACAAUUGGAAGGGAGUUCAGUAACUGACUAUUAUGUACAUGAAUUCUUAAUUGGAACCACUACACAAUGGGUAUUGAGUUGGAACUUCUGCAACUUGAAGCCCCUGCAAACUAAUAAGCGGCAAGCAAGAUUUAACAAAUACCUUACAUUUUCAAGUAUCAAGAGCAGAAAAGUGAGCACUCAGCCCAGUAUUUAUCAAAUCAAGGAGCUAAUCAGGGAGAAGUGUUGUGAUAGAUUGAUACUGGACAUUGUCGAAGAUAGUAAGUUACUUAUUCGAACAGAGCAUGGCGACGUUUGGUCUCGUCAAUAUAGACGACAAAACCGACCAUGCGGUACUGCUGCAAACGUAUUUUUAGUUGAAACGACCUCGGAGUCCUGCAAUUUGUAUUGGCUACAAGGUAGCAGUGUGAAAAUAUUUGAGUCAUUUAACGGAUUCAUUUCGAGAAUAAUAAAAUGUGGUCUAUAG